CUCAUUUCUUCGCUGGCCAUCGAUCCCAAAGCUUGGUGAUGGAAGACUGAUUCACAGCGAGCAAUAGGCGAGGGAGCGAGAAUAGAGUUCCAGCACCCUGAAUCCCACCUCACCGCUCGACGGAUGUAACACUGAUCGGCAGGGCUCAAAUCAACCCGAUGAAACAAGAUGAUCGAGCACUCAAAGGGCAAUCGCAGAAUACUGAGUGAGAUCCUCGGCUGCUUGCCUGUGAUCGUGUCAGAUGAAAGUGUCGUCACCACGAUGCUGGCCGAUGGCUUGAUCCUUGUGUGCCUUCUCCUUCUCACGGUGGCGGUCUACCGUCUCACCCUGCAUCCGCUAUCGCACCUCCCUGGGCCUUGGGUCUUUUGCAUCUCGUCCCUUCCCCAGUGGACGAUCGUUUUCCUCGGGAUCGAACCUCAGACCCUCGCGCGCUACCAUCGUCGUUACAACACACAAGUUUUGCGCAUUGCCCCGAAUUUGGUCUCCAUCUCCGCCCCAACGGCUUUGGAGACCAUUUAUGUGGCUAACGGGGGCUUCCGAAAAGACGGUCGAUAUCGCAACUUCGACGUCAACGGGCAACCCACCAUCUUUUCCGCCAUCGAUAAGGCCUACCGCGAUGUGCGAGCCAAGGCGGUGCUGCCGUUGUUCGCGCCGACUAGGAUACGAGCAGCGGAGGGUGAACAAAAUGUCCAGCGAUACGUGGAGAAAUUUAUCGCUCGGUUGAACGGUGCAAAAUCCCUUUCGGGCACACAUCGUGUCGACAUAUUGGAUUUGUCCUUGCGACUGUCGAUGGACGUAAUGGCGGGCUAUAUGUUCGACAGGUCGUAUGGAGCGCUGGACGAGGAUUCAAAUUCCACCGAUCGCUCACAACGAGGGAAGUUCUCCGAGAGUCCCUGGCUACAGGCCAUCGCAGCAUUUGGCUACUACUCCAUGCUCCCGCCCUGGUUGUUUACAAAGGCCUUGUUGAUCCACACCUCCCUCUGGGAUCCUGCUCGAGGCGCAUCCGUGCGUCGCGUUGGAGAAUUCGUCAAGUCAGUGGUGGCAGAGGAACCGAGAGCGACAUCCACCUACCACGGCCGUCUAUCCGCAGCUGGAGCGACCGAGGACGAGGUUAUCGGGAUCUGUGGAGGAUCGCUGUUCGCGGGGACGAGCUCGACGGGUCAGACACUGGCUACCAUCUUAUUCCACCUUGUGCGUCAACGCGACGUUCGCAAACGGCUCCAUCAAGAACUACGCGAAUCGGCAUCAACUGACCUGCAGAGCUAUCCGUACUUAAAGGCCGUGGUCAACGAAGGCCUUCGACUCGCCAUGACCAAUCCUGCCCCUCUCACCAGAACCGUUCCCGAAGGUGGAUGUCACGUAGAUGGAGUAUACCUCCCGGGAGGAGUCUCGGUCGGAGCAGCGAUAUACGUCAUGCAUCACGACGAAGACGCGUUCCCUGAUCCUUUCUCUUUCAGACCGGAGCGCUGGCUAGAGGUGUCAGAUGAGAGCCGCGAGCAGUGCUUCUUCCCGUUUGGUCUGGGAUCGCGAUCGUGUAUCGGCAGGAACCUGGCGCUGUAUGAGCUGUAUGAAGCAGUCGCUGCGACGGUGAAGUCUGAUGUUCUGGAGGGGGCUGUGACAUGUCAGAAAAAGAUCGUAGUGAACGGUUGUUUCAACGGGGAAGUCGAGGGCCAUGCGAUUGAGAUUUGCUGGACGGAUAGUCGGUAGAUCCAUUCACAACCGACUAUAGUCACCUGAUCCUGUUGCUACGUCCAGCUGCCCACAUAGCUUGGUCGUACACCGUACCAUACACCUUUCCUCCACUGGCAGGAGGGAACUGAUCGAGACAUACAACUCAAGCACUCCGUAUAUUCCUUGAACUUUCG